UACGUAAUUCCCUCCCACCACUUGAAAAAUCCAGGUCCCGCACGGACAAUUAGGAAAAGGCAGUCCGAGUCCGACUAGGAGAAAGGAAAGAAACUAGGGCACGCAAAAAAUCAAUUUGGAUUCAUGAACGGGUAUCGACGGUCGUUAGACCGUUUAGACCCUUCUAUAAAUCCAAAAACCUCUCCAUCAUUUCAAUUCAAUUUCUCACCCCCAAACCUCUUCCCUCUUCAUUUCACCCUCUCCCCCCUCUUUUUGAACAAAUUUAUCCUUUAUUCCUAGAAAUUAAAUUAAGAGAUGGAGCGGGAAGAUCAAGUGUCGAUCAUCAUAGAUGAUGGCGGAGAAAUCCUGGACGCUGGUUCUGAAACCGACUCCUCCUCCUCGUCGUCGUCUUCUGUUCCGAAGCCUGAUUGUUUUGAUGCAUUCACUCGAAAUGGAAUGAUGAGGAUCGGAGAAGAAAGCAAGGAACACAGAGUGAUAAAGAAUCAAUUCCUUACAGGAAUGAAUCAGCUUGCUGAGGACACAAGUGUAGUGACCAUACACAAGAAUAUCUGCUCUACUAUGUAUAUGAAAGCUCGAUUCAAAGCUUUCAAGAGCUGUGUAGAUGCGGUCCGUGAACGCCGUGGAGAUAGAAAUGUUAAGCACGGCUGGUAUGGUGCUUCAAAACAGGAAAUUCUUCAUAUCAUUUCUUUUGGAUUUAGUCGUUGCAAUGGUCAAUCGCAUGGCGUUGGUGUUUAUUUGUCUACUUCAAAGUUUAUCCUUGAAACGUUUCCGUCUACGACUGAGGAUGAAAAUGGGUUAAGGCAUAUGAUGUUUUGUUAUGUUGAGAUGGGGAAAAUGGAACUGAUUCGGGCGGGUUCGAAGCAAAUAUAUCCAAGUUCGGAGGAGUUCGAUUCGGGCGUUGACAAUCUCGAAGAACCUAGUAGAUUGGUUGUGUGGAGUGCUUACAUGAAUUCUUUUAUCCUUCCUCUUUACAUUGUAAGUUUUAAGGCACCGUCAUUCAGUAUUGGUUCCUUAAGAGGGCAGAUUAAUGAAGUACGAACCGGUGGAGAGAAGUUGAGUAUUGCUGUUUUGCUUCCUAUGCUGGUGAAGGUUUUUGGUCCUGCCAAGGGGGAUAUGAUUUCCAAAAGCCUUGACGAUCAUAGGAAAUGUAAGAUUAACCGAGACCAAAUGAUCCAGAGUUUGAAACGGAUCAUUGGGAACGAUCGGAUGUUGAUCUCAGUCAUUAAAGCCAGUAGAGGCAACCUUGCGGUGAGAGCACCAAACAGGGAGGGCGGGUCUGGAGGCAACAACUAAUACAAGAAGAUGGAAUUGUUCUAGGAUAUGAUGUUAUACUUGAUAGUUCUGUAAUUAGGGUUUACAAUCACUUCAUUUUCAAACAAGAAAACAGAACAUGAAGAAUGUACUUUUUUCUGAAAAGAAGGAAGAGGAUCUGUUUCGUUGGGAUGGCAUU